AUGAGUGCAGGAGCUGGGAAGAUGCAUGGUUGUUCUCCCGCUUCUGUGGACAAGAAGUCUAAGAGGAAGUCUAAGAAAAAUGAAACCUAUUCAGUCUACAUCUACAAAGUACUGAAGCAGGUCCACCCAGACACUGGCAUCUCCUCUAAGGCCAUGAGCAUCAUGAACUCCUUUGUCAAUGACAUCUUCGAGCGCCUGGCCUCGGAGGCGUCCCGCCUAGCCCACUACAACCAGCGCUCCACCAUCUCCAGCCGCGAGGUGCAGACGGCGGUGAGGCUGCUGCUGCCUGGCGCGCUGGCCAAGCACGCCGUCUCCGAGGGCACCAAGGCCGUCACCAAGUACACCAGCAGCAAGUGA